AUGGGUGCCAUGCCUAUUCGCAAAAGUCUAUCACCUUUACAUGCAAAAUGUGAAGCUUUGAUAUGGGCGAUGGAGUGCAUGAAGACCCUACGAAUCUCAGAAGUGGUGUUUGCAACUGACUGCUCUCAACUGGUGAAGAUGGUGUCUACACCAACAGAAUGGCCAGCGUUCACUACACACAUGGAGGAGUUUCUACGAUGUAAGGAAUUUUUUCAUCCCUUCACUAUUCAGCAUAUUCUGAAGGCACAAAAUACAUUGGCGGACAAGCUGGCACGAGGUGCUAGAAAUCAGCCUGCUGCUAUGGUUUAUGUUGAUUCGAUUCCUCCAAGGUGGCUCUUGAAUCAGGAAUCUACUUAG